AUGGGUCAAUUGCCUGCAUUAAUUUGGACAGUAGCUCAACACACCACAUGUCUACGACACUGCAAGCUCACUGUCAAAUACAUCAAGAAGUUGAGACACAGAGACUUGAAGAAAAUGAUUCGGUCUUUGGUUGAGAGAAUAGUACAGAAGAGUCUCUCGCUGCUUGCGGGCAGAAGAUAUGAGCGCCGCCGGCUGGAUGAAGAAGAAGUGGGAGCAGCAAAUAAUAAGACAGUUCCGGCCGACGUAAUGGACGGCCAAUUCGCGGUUCUAGCCAUCGAAGGUAAAGAAGCGAAGAGGUUUAUCCUUGAAAUAGAUUACUUGGCUGACCCAGAAUUCUUGGAGCUGCUAGAUCGGGCUCGGGAAGAGUAUGGUUUUGGACAGCAAGGAGCUCUUUCAGUGCCUUGCCGCCCUCAAGAAUUAGAGAAGAUUCAGGAGAGUCGCAGCAGGAGAAACUCGCUUUCGACAUAG